AUGAAUACAGACUCAGCCAAUGAUAAUGUUUGGGAUGAUAGUGCAUUAAUAGAAGCAUAUGAUAAAGCAAUAUAUUUAGCAAAAGAAGAAGUUAUCAAGCGAAUGGGAAUGGAUGUUGGAAAUUCUCAACCGAAAGAAAACCUACAAAAUCUUAAGCAGCCUAAACACGCAAGCUAUGGUAAUACACAGAAAGUCGAGUUGAGUUCUCUUUUAGAAUCAGAAGGUUUGCAAAGUCAAAUAGCACAACAAAAGAAAGCUUUGGAAGAGAAAUUCAAUGAAGAGAACGAUGAGACUUCAAAUGCGUAUAAACAUCACUUCAUACCGGGACCAUCUUUCAAUUCGAUGACUGAUAUAAUGCCACCUGCACCUCCUUUACCACCACAAUUAAUGGCCAAAUUACCAGAUAAUGAUACAGACGCACUUUCAAGUAUGUUGAUGUCAUGGUAUAUUAGUGGUUACAUGGUAUAUUACACAGGUUAUUACCAUGGUUUGAAACAAGCAAGAAACAAUCAAGAGAACAGGAAGAACUGUUGA